AUGAACUCAGAUAAUAUAUCUCUUUAGUAUUAACUCUAAGAAUUAAGAGAAAAGUAAUAGAAAACAUAAGAAUAAUUAAAAAUGGCUUUCGAUUAAUUUAAUGAUGUAGUGUAGUAAUUAUAAGUAUUAUAAUUGCCAAAAAAAAAUUUAAAAGUAAAUGUAAAUGCUAAUGAAAUCAAAUAAAAGUAAAAUACAAAAAUUUUAAAAUAAAUAAAAGUCUAUAAAGAGAAAAAUCUUUUUAAACGUUUUGUUUCUCAAAUAGUUUUUAGAAAUAUUAUGUAAUUUUUAUCUACUCAAGAUAUAAAGUAAUUAAGAUUAGUGAGUGUUUUCACUAACUAUUUAAUAGAAACUAAUAUAGAAUAUUUAUUCUAUUAUAAAAUAUAAAGAACUAAAUACAUUGAAUCACUAAAUAUCAGAGAUUUUUAAGAACCUAAAAUUCCUAAUUUAAGAAAUGUUUGUAAUUCAUUAAAAAAAUUGAUGUAAUAUAGUGGAAAAAUUAAUAAAAUUCCCAAUCAACUUCUAUCCUAUUUAACUUUAAUUAUAGAUUUAAAUACUUAAGUUAAAUCUUAAAAUAGUAAAAGAAAUGAAUUUUUGUCAAAAUAUGACAUUUUAUAAACUGUAACUAAUUAAAUUCAGAAUUAUCCUUUAAAUUGGUAUGGUUUCGUUGAGAAAGAUAGAAGAAUGAUAAAAAACAUAAGUUCUAUAAAAUUUACUAAAAAUAAUCUAAUUGAUUCAAAAGAAUACGAUAAUUUAAAAGAAUAUAUAAAAAAUCUUUUUGAAUUUUCUACUAGUUCAAAUUAUAAAGUAAUUUGUGAUGCUCAUAAUAAAGAUUAAAUACUUAUGAAAAUCUAAAAAUAAACUAAGUUUUUAAAUCAAUUACUAUUAAAAAUGAAAGCUAAAUAAAAUUAUCUAAACAAGAUUUCUGAUUUAGGAAAUUUGUUUUUUAAAUCUAUAUUGUCAUAUUGUUAAUUAUAGGAUAUAAUGAAUUGUAGAUUUGUGUGUUAGAAAUUUAAUUAGGAAUUCCAAUAAAAUGCAAAUUUUCACUUUUAGAUUCAAGCUUUUAGAAUUUAAAAGUAAAUCAAUUCAAUUUAAACUAAUUUUAAUUUAAGUUAAUCAUAAGAUGAAUUCCUAUAAGUAAAUAAAGAUUAACAUAGUUUAAUGGAACUUUUUUAUUGCAUUUAAAAAUAGAAUAAAUUACAAAAUAAUAUCAAUAUGAAGGAUUUCUUACAAAUAAAUAGUUAAAAUAUAUCUGAUAUUAUUUUUAAAUCUUAAAUUGAGAAUGAUCUUUAUUCAAGAUCUAGAGAAUAGGUUAGAGAAUGUUUAGGAAUAGAUAUUCUAGUUGAAAGUAAUUAUAACACCUUCUAAAUGAAAUUAGAAAAAUCUAAAGAAUGUUUAAUCAACUAUUAUAUUAAAUUACCUCAACUAUAGAAAAAAUUAAUAAAUUUAGAGAAUCAUUACCAAGAACCCUAAAUUUGA